AUACGCACUUUGUUCGUGGGCAGUCGUCGCCGCUGUUGUUGCCGCUGAAUUGCCGUCGAUUCCGAUUCCGUAGUUCCGUCGAUUCGUUGCGUUGUUCCGUUGUUGUGACCUGCGACUUGCGACUUGCGACUUGCUACUUGCGAUCUGCGUCGAGUGCUGGAGAUCCGUCGCGACUCGAAAGUGAUUCCCGUUCGAUCCCGGAUCGCAGUUGAUUGAAACCGUGUUACAGUUGUUACAAUUACAGUUGCAGUUACAGUUACAGUUACACAGUUACAGUUACAUGAAUAUGCACACCCACAAAUCCAAGUGAUAAGAAAGCCGAGCUAGCGGGCUGCGGAGAAAGCAUUCCAAAGGAAGUGCUAUCAAGUUGAGUGCCAGUGCCGAGAAAAGUGCCUCCUCCCCGCCAGCCGAAAGGAUUUACGCGCUCGUUUUCCUCAAAUCCCAACAACAAUCCGAACUGAACUAAGCCAAGACUUUGCCUGCGAGCCAACUGCCGCCACCCGAAGUGGACUCCCAUAGCUGAUCAUUGCCACCGGAUCUGCGAACCUUCCCUCCGCGCGCAUCCCCCGGAAAAGCCGUCAACAUUCUUGAUAAAGUGGCCUCAAUAGGCGCCAACACGCUCAAUUUCACGGACCUAGGGAGCCCCUACGAGGGGCCUCCCAGCACCCCCCAGUCGGGCAUGGACGCCCCCGACGCCCCCCACACGCCCAAGUACAUGGACGGCGGGAACACGGCGGCCAGCGUCACGCCCGGGAUCAACAUCCCCGGCAAGUCCGCCUUCGUGGAGCUGCAGCAGCACGCCGCCGCCGGGUACGGCGGCAUUCGGAGCACCUAUCAGCAUUUCGGACCGCAGGGCGGCCAGGACUCCGGCUUCCCGAGUCCGCGCAGUGCCCUCGGCUACCCGUUCCCGCCCAUGCACCAGAACUCCUACUCCGGCUACCACCUGGGCAGCUACGCCCCGCCCUGCGCCAGUCCGCCGAAGGAUGACUUCUCCAUCUCGGACAAGUGCGAGGACUCCGGCCUGCGCGUCAACGGAAAGGGCAAGAAGAUGCGCAAGCCCCGCACCAUCUACAGCUCGCUGCAGCUCCAGCAGCUCAACCGCCGCUUCCAGCGCACCCAGUACCUGGCCCUGCCCGAGCGGGCCGAGCUGGCGGCGAGUCUGGGCCUCACGCAAACGCAGGUGAAAAUCUGGUUCCAGAACCGGCGCUCCAAGUACAAAAAGAUGAUGAAGGCGGCCCAGGGCCCGGGCACCAACAGCGGCAUGCCCCUGGGCGGUGGAGGGCCCAAUCCCGGCCAGCACAGCCCCAGCCAGAUGCACAGUGGCGGUAACAACGGCGGCGGCUCGAACAGCGGCUCGCCCUCGCACUACCUACCUCCCGGACACAGUCCCACGCCAUCGAGUACGCCCGUGUCCGAGCUUUCCCCCGAGUUCCCACCCACGGGCCUCAGUCCGCCGACGCAAGCGCCCUGGGACCAGAAGCCCCACUGGAUCGACCACAAGCCGCCGCCCCAGAUGACGCCGCAGCCCCCGCACCCCGCGGCGGCGCUCCAUCCGCAGUCGCACCACCACAACCCGGCGCCCCAGAUGGGUGGCUACGUGCCGCAGUACUGGUACCAGCCGGAGACGAAUCCCUCCCUGGUGACAGUCUGGCCGGCGGUCUAACAGCAUCCCCACCAGCUGCCCGGAGGGGCUGCCUGGACGCAGCACCACCACCAGCAGCACCACCACCACCACCAUCACCUCCAUCAGCAGCAGCAGCACUCCUGCCCCGUCCAGCUGGAGCUGGACCAGUUGGAGCAGCUGGAGCAGCUGGAGCAGGCGGAGGCGGAAGCGGAGGCCCGGCACAUCCUGCAGCGGCAGGACCUCGCCGGCGGGGGCGGGGCCUUCGGCGGGGGCAUGGACGGGGGCGUGGCGGGGCGGGGCGUGCAGCACACGAUAUCUUAGCCAAUAACCCAUGAUAGCAACCUGUAAAAUAUCCAUGAAUAUGAAACGCCGAUGAAGAAGCGCGAUCACUGGCAAGUUAAGCGUGAAUUUGUACAUUUUAAACGUAAUCGAAUAUGUUUACCAACGUGAAUACAGUCGUUCUACAGUGUAGUCUAGCUAAGAAGGAAACGCAAACACAAACACAAACACAAACAAAAAGAAAACAAAAAAUACUUAAGCAGAAGAAACAUUCCUCAAUCACAGAAGAAGCGCGGAGAGAGUAUGAAACGUGUCCUUUAUUUUGUUUAAUUUAGCGAAUUAACUAUGUAUAAACCUAUCUAUAUGAACGUAAACUAUAUGUAGUGAGCAACAACAACAAAGCAUAAAGCGUAAAGUACAUCGUAAAUAAAUGAAAUCAAACAAA